AGCAGGAGUGUGAUGGUUUGCACUCCUAUCCAGACAGUUAGGCAGGGAGGGAGCGCAACAGAGAGUUGCUGAGAUGAGUAUUCACAAACCUGUCAAUAUGGAUGAAUAAGAGAAAAGGGGGGAGAAGAAGAACAAUCCCACCAACAUCCCUGUCAGGACUAAUCUCUGUGGACUUUUUUUUCUCUCUGUCUGGGACUCGGGAGGAAAAGAACAUCUGUCAGUUGUGUGACCCUUGUAUGUUCAUCAAUAUUUAAUCCAAAUUGUUGGAUUACUGCUGGAAGGAGCAGAAGAUAAACCAGCAGUUUCAAUCAGUCGACCUAGAUUGUUGCAGAGCCGCGAGGAGAGUGGACAGCGUGGUGUAUGGACCAGCUCCGAAGCAUCUGUGUUUACCCUGCAUGGUCACUGUGGAAGAAAGAUGUGGCAUUGAAGGACAGACAGAUGAUGUUGUAGCAAACCCUGCUACCUAAAGUCCAAUACCUGUCCGGAUUCCUUUUUGCACAAUCCACAAGACAGGCUCUCCGUCUGAUGAACUCACCUCCACUACCUCACGAGGAUGACCUUCUCCUGAAUCACUCACCCCCCCUUCUCCUCCUGUGCACAUAUAAAAACUGGUGAUCACAAAUGUCCCAGUGAUCAUACAUGUCAUGGUGAUUGGACACACAUGCACUCCAAUAAUCUGCUCUACUCACGCCAUCUCCAGUGAUUGAGGGUUAAGCAUGUCGAGGGGCAAACUGGAGACCCGUGCUCGAUUUACAUGUCAAUGGCAGCUGGAGCCAGGCGCACAGAGACUGAUGAGAAAGGUGGCGAGUGAAGGCCUGUUCCAUUAGUGCUCCCAGGGGGGACAUGGGCCUGGAUGCUGCUCGGACGCACUGACCUCUCCUGGACAGAUUCUGGACAUUACUAUGGUGUACAGUGGGGAAUCUCCAUAGCCGACUGACUCUGCCUCUUGGAGUACAAGCUAAUGGAUGUAACUGUUUUUUUGUAUUCACAGAUCUGACUACUAUCUUUUCACAAAAAGGACAAAAAAAACCCAGAAGGAUUUGGAUCAUCAUACUAUGAGCAGUACAUUCCAGCGCCGCGCAGGGGAAAGAGUCUGUGUUUCUUUGUUUUCUUGGUUGGCCGUGUCUCUCCUGCCUGGGAAUAUCAUGAGAUUAUAAACAGGAGGUGGCUCGGACAUUUUAUCCCUGUUCCACUCAUCCAUCAGAGCUCCCACCAUCACCAAAGCAAACGCACCACAGAUCUUAGUAAAAGUCUGUAGAGGACAUUAGCCUAUAUUCUCUAAAAUCCACUGGCUGGAGGUGGCCGAUUCCUCAGCUUUCUUGCCAUUGAGGUCAGGAAGAAAAAGCUGGCAGCCCAUAGAUAGUCUUUGGCGAGACGGACAGGUGCUUUUCUGGCUGUCAGCCUCUCUGGGAGGGACUAACAGUGAAAGGGAAAGCCUCGCUGGGGGGGCUCUGCUGAAGCGGAAACACUUUUCCACAGGCUAUGUUUGGAUGUGAUGCUCGUCUCUGUGGAUGCAACAUGGACUCUAUGGCCUGAUUUCACAGCCCUGGUAUUCAGAUAGUGCUGUAGGGAAAGGAUAAUGCAUAUCCUUCCCUACCCGGAACAAGAAGCCACCAUGAGCAACGUCACGGUCACCGACAACACUGAGCCCAUCAGCCGCACCAUGAGUCCGGCAACUCCCAGCCCGUAUCCCUAUCCUGUUAGUUUCCAGGUCUCCCUCACUGGCUUCCUCAUGCUGGAAAUCCUCCUGGGCCUGAGCUCUAACCUCACUGUGCUUGCCCUCUACUGUAUGAAGUCGAACCUCAUUAGUUCUGUCAGUAACAUUGUCACCAUGAACCUCCAUGUGUUGGAUGUGCUGAUUUGUGUGUGCUGCAUCCCCCUCACUAUAGUGGUGGUGCUGCUUUCCCUGGAGGGAGACACUGCACUGGUCUGCUGCUUCCAUGAAGCCUGCGUCUCCUUUGCGAGUGUCGCCACUGCUGCUAAUGUGCUCGCCAUAACCCUUGAUCGCUAUGACAUCUCAGUCAAACCGGCCAACCGGGUCCUGACCAUGGGCCGUGCCCUGGCUCUGCUGGCUGCCAUUUGGGUGCUAUCCUUCGUUAGUUUCCUCGUACCCUUUAUUGAAGUGGGAUUCUUUGCCCAGGGCCACGCUGAUCUCAACCAGACAGCGGUGGAGAAUGUGGUUCACACUAACCAGUACUACACAGAACUCGGCCUCUAUUACCACCUGCUCGCUCAGAUUCCCAUUUUCUUCUUUACUGCCGUCGUCAUGCUCAUCACCUACUCAAAGAUCCUGCAGGCGCUCAAUAUUCGCAUUGGCACACGUUUUCACGCUUCACAGAAGAAGAAGGCUCGCAGGAAAAAGCGCCCAUCCAUGACAGCCAUGACAACGCAGCAAGAGGCCACAGAUGCGUCCCAGAGCAGCGGCAGCCGCAACCCCACGCUGGGAAUGCGCACCUCCGUCUCUGUCAUCAUCGCCUUGCGAAGGGCUGUUAAGCGCCACAGAGAAAGGCGAGAACGCCAAAAGAGGGUUUUUAGAAUGUCCCUCUUGAUUGUGUCUACCUUCCUGCUGUGUUGGACGCCCAUCACGGUGCUCAACACAGUCAUCCUGAGCGUAGGCCCCAGUGACCUGAUGGUCAAGUUGAGACUGGGCUUCCUGGUCAUGGCUUAUGGGACCACUAUCUUUCACCCUCUACUCUAUGCCUUCACGAGGCAGAAGUUCCAGAAAGUCUUGAAAAGCAAGAUGAAGAAGCGAGUAGUGUCGAUCAUUGAGGCAGAUCCUACCCCCAAUAACGCCAUCAUUCACAACUCCUGGAUCGACCCAAAGAGGAACAAAAAGGUGACAUUUGAGGACAAAGAUGCCCGACAGAAAUGUCUGUCUUCUGAGGACGUGGAGUGAAGGAACUCAUUAUCUUUAGGGUAUACAGUCAAUAAACGCAGCUAAAACUGACAUCAGGUCAUGAUGAAAAAGGGAAAAUGUUAAUCCAAAGCAGUAAUGUAAAUACUAUGUGCAAUAGAAUGUACAAUAACAAGAGGUGGAUAAUUUAUUACUAUUUAUUGAGAACAAAAGUAGAUUUCAUAGAUACACCAUAUACUGUACUGUAGAUAUUGCAUGGCUUUUUGUAAUGGUAGCAAAAUACAGUGCAUUGUGUACAUAAAUAAUACAUGUACAGCAUAGGGUAAACAAGGUAUAUAAAUAGAGAGAGAGAAGUAGGAAAUAUUAUGUAUAUGUAUAUUUAUAAUAAAUUUCGUGUUCACUCACCUUACGCAGCAAAAGGCUUCCUAUGCUCCCCUCCCCCCACGUAAAGUGUUUGUGAUUCUGUAAUAACUGUGAGAUUACUCCCAUUCAUCAACAUGCCACUUGCUCCGACACCAGACCUGCAAUCCCCAGUGACCGCUGACCUUAUUGCCUAGGAGCCCUCUAAGGGGAGGCCUUUAAACUGAAAUGAGACUACAGGUGUGAGGAUGCAACAAAGACAGCCAUGUCAAAUGUAUGGAGUUAGGAAUGGGAAGAAGUAGUGUAUGUUAUGUUGGUAUAGCUGAAGAGCUAUAAGGGUACUGCUCAUAAUCACUGCUUUUAGAGUUAAAGACUUGCAUUCCACAGACACAACAGAAGACCAUGGUUCUCAUCACCUCGUCUGACAUAAACCAGAUGUAAUCAAAGCCUAGUCUGUUUCACUUUAACAGUCACGUCUUUGAGCCAAAUGGAAAAUCUACAGUUGCCUUAUUUUGGUUUGAUGAAUUGAGCAUGACUUUAUGGUGGGACAGGGAGAGCACACAUUGAACACAAUGAAAAAAAUAAUAACAAAUACUGUUUUAAUCCUCAAAGUGAAUAGAAUCCGCAGAUGUUAUGUUUUCAUAAAGAAGUUAUUUAAUUAAACUAAAGGAAAAUGUUGAAAUUGUUGUAUUAUCAAAUUGUCUGUUUUAAAUAACACAAGCCGAACAACAAUGCUCUCCAAAUAAGCAAAUCCAUAACUGCAAUAAAGAACUACUGCAAAAAACUUAAAGCCUAAUAAAAGAUUCUGUUUACAAUCCA